UCGUCUUGUUCGCCAGAGCAGUUGAAAAACAUAGUUGUAGUUAUUGAUACAGAGGAGGAAAAUAGUGAUUCGGCUAAAAACGGUGAAGGUGGAAGCGCAUCUUCAGUCGUCUGCAGCGACGGCCGGGAAUCCAACGAAAUAGUACUCAAAGUACUUCGUGAUAACGGCGUGACUGAUCUUGAAGGUUCGAUAACUUCUACCUUAACUAAACUGUAUUCUUUAUUUCCAAACAUGGAUGCAUACUACAGCGAAGUCACACAAAUGCUAUACAACGCAAAGCAGCAUUUCCCAGGUCUCCCAAAAGUAGAAGCAGCGCAGACUGUCCGAAAAAUUACGACUGACAUGCAACAAAAAUACACUGCAGUUACGGCAAUACAACAGAAUGAAGUUAAAGACAUAACUCCGCAAGAUCUGCGAAUAAUUGAUUACAUUGGUGGUUUCAUUAUUCGAACAUACAUUGGGAAUAAAUAUGUACAUCCGUUGUUGGACUAUUUUAGAAGAAAUGAACGUACUGGUAUGGUAGAACAGAGAAAUUGGAUUGAUAACAGCAAUGGUGGGCUUUGCAGUAUUUCUGAUAACUUGUUAAAGGCUUUGGUACAUGCAGAGAAAGAAUUUAGAUUGGUAAAUUGUUGCCACAGUACACAAAUCAAAACUGAACAAAUUGUCAUUAACACAAUGAAACAGUACGCCCUGACAAGUAUUGUUUCAAACAUUUCCUUUCAUAGUAACUAUGACAAUACUCAAGUUUUUUUCAGCUAUGGAAUUGAUAGUUUCAAAAUAUGUAAAAAUUCGAGCAUUCAGCCAUACCAAACAGUUGAAAAACAUGUAUGACUCAAAGAUCUGUCGUCAGUCUAAAG